ACCAGCAGUAGGUGGGGUGGGUGGAGCUGAGCCAAGGUCAGGGAAAAACAUUGUGUCUCAACACAUAGCACUCACCCGUCUUUGGUUCGUCCUCAGUGCAGGGCAACAGGACUUUGGGCUAAAGAUGGUGGCAGCAGCUGUGUUGCUACAGUCUUGCCCAGUGUUUUCCCGAGGCCCCACAGGCCUCCUGGGCAAAGUGGUUAAGAAUCAUCAGUUCCUAUGUGGUACUGGACGCUGUCCCAUUCUGGCCAACCAAGGACCAACCUGCUCUCAAAUCUACCUUAAGGCAACCAAGGCUGGAGGAGAUUCUCCAUCUCGGAAUAAGGGCCACUGUCCCUUUAUGCUGUCAGAGUUCCAGGAUGGGAAGAGCAAAAUUGUACAGAAGGCAGCUCCAGAAGUCCAAGAGGAUGUGAAGACUUUCAAGACAGGGAACCAUGCUUUUAGCUAUGACCAGUUUUUCAGGGACAAGAUCAUGGAGAAGAAACAAGACCACACCUACCGUGUGUUCAAGACUGUAAACCGCUGGGCUCAUGCAUACCCCUUUGCCCAACACUUCUCUGGGACAUCUAUGACCUCAAAGGAUGUGUCUGUCUGGUGUAGCAAUGACUACUUGGGCAUGAGCAGGCACCCUCGGGUCUUGCAGGCCACACAGGAGACCCUGCAGCAUCACGGAGCUGGAGCUGGAGGCACCCGCAACAUCUCAGGUACCAGCAAGUUUCAUGUGGAGCUUGAACAGGAGCUGGCUGAACUGCACCAGAAGGACUCAGCCCUGCUCUUCUCCUCCUGUUUCGUAGCCAAUGACUCUACUCUCUUUACACUGGCCAAGCUCCUUCCAGGUUGCGAAAUUUACUCAGAUGCAGGCAAUCAUGCUUCCAUGAUCCAAGGUAUUCGCAACAGUGGUGCAGCCAAGUUUGUCUUCAGACACAAUGAUCCUGACCACCUGAAGAAACUUCUAGAAAAGUCUGACCCUAAAACACCCAAAAUUGUGGCCUUUGAGACUGUUCACUCUAUGGAUGGUGCCAUCUGUCCCCUUGAAGAAUUGUGCGAUGUGGCCCACCAGUAUGGGGCCCUGACAUUCGUGGAUGAGGUCCAUGCUGUAGGACUGUAUGGGCCCCGGGGUGCAGGGAUUGGGGAGCGCGAUGGAAUUAUGCACAAGAUCGACAUCAUCUCCGGAACUCUUGGCAAGGCAUUUGGCUGCGUGGGUGGCUAUAUUGCCAGCACUCGGGACUUGGUGGACAUGGUGCGCUCCUAUGCUGCAGGCUUCAUCUUCACUACUUCACUGCCCCCCAUGGUCCUUUCUGGGGCUCUAGAAUCUGUGCGUCUGCUCAAGGGAGAGGAGGGCCAAGCCCUGAGGCGGGCACACCAGCGCAAUGUCAAGCACAUGCGCCAGCUACUAAUGGACAGGGGUCUUCCAGUCAUCCCUUGCCCCAGCCACAUCAUCCCCAUCAGGGUGGGUAAUGCAGAGCUCAACAGCAAGAUCUGUGAUGUCCUGCUCUCCAAGCACAGCAUCUAUGUGCAGGCCAUCAACUACCCAACCGUGCCCCGGGGUGAGGAACUGCUACGCCUGGCACCAUCCCCUCACCACAGCCCUCAAAUGAUGGAAAAUUUUGUGGAGAAACUGCUCAUGGCCUGGACUGAAGUGGGGUUGCCCCUCCAGGAUGUAUCUGUGGCUGCCUGCAAUUUCUGCCGCCGUCCUGUGCACUUUGAGCUCAUGAGUGAGUGGGAGCGCUCCUACUUUGGGAACAUGGGGCCCCAAUAUGUUACCACCUUUGCCUGAGAAGCCAGCUGCCUUGGAUGCCCACCUCACCUACACUUCACCUAGGGCCGGGCCCCCGCCUCUCCUUUGCUUUGCUGUGUGCCUCUAGUUGACUUGAGUCUGAAAAUAAAGAGCAACCUAUA